CCGAAAUAAAAGAAAUUUAUUUUACUUCUACCCCUAGCGGACAAACCGGACUAAGGGUAAGCUUGACCUUUUUGGCUACUUUAAAAGUGCUCAAUACAAAAAUUAAAAUUUACCAUCUCAAUACUCUAUUAUUACAAGCAGGAAAAAAUAAGUGUAUUAGUUUGCUAACUAUCGAUAGUAGAGAAAGCAAGUAUUAUGCAGCGAUCUAUGAAGAAAAAAAAUGUUUAUUAGAAACCCAAAUUAUUUCCCAAGAAACUUUAAAAAAUUUAACUAAGGACUUUCCGGAUUUUUCUUUGAUGAAAGACUACCAAAAUGUCAAUUUUUUAACCAAUUUCCAAGAAUUAAAAAGUGAAUUCAUUUUACUUCACGAUGUAGAAGAAAUUGACUAUUAA